AUGGCUUUUCAAAGAGAUGAGCAUGAGAUUAAAGCGGCUGCGAGAGGAGAUGAGGAAAGGGAUCUGUCAAAGCCUGUUUAUGCGGGUGGAUACAAGGACGGUGAAGUGGACAGGCGAAAGUGGAUGGAGAAGCUAACGCGGAUGGAUGAGUGGGUUAGAGAGACUCACGCGUGGCUUAACGGCUUACUUGGCGACAUCCGGUUGUAUACGACCUCGCAUUCGAACAGGCAAGGUAAUAUGCCGUCCUGUAACGGUCACAACAGAGCAAAAGUGAAUCAAGAUGUCUACAAUGAUUAUGAUCUGUCGCAGAAGCGGUUGGAAGAAUCUAUCAUGCAGGGGCACGCAUUACUUGAUGCCUUAAUUGACGAUUUCCAGUUAGAUAAGACCUCGUACCUGAAUAAUCGACCAGGAAAUUCGCCUUUCGGCGACGGUCUUAAUGGCAUUACAGCUGGUAGAGGCCAUGCGGCUAAUAAAGGCGAUAGAGAGUUUGUUUCUCUUAGCUAUUUUACCGGUUCCAUAGGUCUUACCGGUUUUAUAGGCCUUGCAGGUCUUGUAGGUCUUACGGGUCUUACCGUUCAUGCCGUUCAUACCGGUCAUACAGGUCAUACCGGUCUUAUCAGUCUCAUAGGCCUUAUAGGUCUUGUAGGUCUUUUAGGUCACAUAGGUCUUACUGCUUAUAUCGUCGAUCACAGUAGUCGUACCAAAGCAGAUAGGAAAAGCGAUAGCGGUCGGCACUGA